GGCUACGUACACUCGCCUAUCGCACCCUAGCGGGUGCUGCGUUUUAGUUUAGGUAGGGAUUGGCCUUAUAAUUGGGGAUUGAUCCGAAAUACUUCCGAACAGGCGUAUUUCUCUCUUAUUUUGGGGUAUUUAAGAAGAUCCCGGAUGGGCUACCGGUGUCUGGGGUGCACUUCGCAGUUGAAGACCGGCUAUUCGAUCUCGAUACCGUGCCAGGAGACGGUGUCAUAGUCGAGGUACUGUCUGUGUCACUAGAUCCGUACUUGAGAACCCGUAUGCGCGACGCCAACAUCCCUAUUUUCAGUGACCCCUAUAUUAUAGGUAAAGCCAUGACAAAUAUUGCGAUUGGCAGUAUCCUAAGGUCGGAUAACAGCCGGUUCUUCCCUGGCGAUGUCAUUCACACGGAGCUACCUUUUGCGCAAUACGCUUCUCUCACCCCUCAGGAACUCCAAGGCGCUAUCAAGAUUGACAAUCCUUAUGAUUUAGACUUGGACUACUUCACCGGUCAGCCGGUCCGCUUGGCGGGGCCGGGUUGACGGCCUUUUCAUCACUAUACAAAAUCGGCCAGCCCAAGAAGGGCGAGAUCAUCUUCGUCAGUUCCGCCGCCGGUUCCGUCGGCUCCGUGGUCGCGCAGCUUGCUAAGCGUGAGAGUUUGACGGUGAUUGGGCCCGUGGGAUCCGACAAGAAGCUGGACUUCAUUAUCAAUGAGUUGGGUUUCGACGACGGAUUUAACUAUAAAAAGGAGAAGCCGAUGGAUGCUCUAGGGCGACUUGCACCGAAGGGGUUCGACAUCUACUACGAGAAUGUUGGCGGCUCGCACUUGGAAGCGGCGCUUCAGCACAUCCGUGUGAGAGGCCGCGUGAUAGUAUUGUUAUUAUUGUUAUUAUUAUUCUAUUUAACGUCUGAGCAAACAAAGCGUAAACUCCACUUCGCAACUUUUUUAAAGGUAUAAAAUAUAAUAAAC